AAUUUCACAAACAGUCAUGAAUGACAAGUAAAAAUAUGAUUUUGUAUUUUCUUUAAAUUCUAUACUAUUUAGAAAUAAACAAUUUCACUAUAUAUUAAAAUGGCGGGGACAUAUUAUUUUGUCAUUGUUGGGCAUUCGGAUAAUCCAAUAUUUGAAAUAGAUUUCAUUCCAGCUACUAAAGAAGUGAAGAAAGAAGAUAACAGACAUUUAAAUCAGUUUAUAGCUCACGCAGCUCUAGACUUAGUCGAUGAACACAUGUGGAAAGUAACUAACACAUAUUUGAAAUCUGUUGAUAAGUUCAACCAGUGGUUUGUUUCUGCUUUCGUUACUGUAAGCCAGAUGCGGUUUAUAAUGGUGCAUGAUGCACGCAAUGAAGACGGCAUCAAGAACUUCUUUACAGAUGUUUAUGAAGCCUACAUAAAAUUGAUGUUGAAUCCAUUCUAUAAAGAAGACACACCUAUAACAUUACCAGCUUUUGAGAAGAAAGUACAAUUUCUUGGGAAAAAAUAUUUAACAUAGUAAAUUCGACAGUGAACAAAUCAACAAAUUACAAGAUUAAAUUAUUUAAUUAUAAGAGAUGUAAAUAUAUAAAGUACAUAAAACUAAUUUAAGAGU